AUGGCAUCCAUCACCUUCUCACUCGACACUCUUGCUGUCCUCAUGCUCGCUCUGAAGGAAAAGAGCGGCAAAGGUCUAGAGAACGCACAUUACGAAAUGAUGUCGGCGCUCGACGGCACCAAGACCGCAGAAUCUUUCAAGCACCAAAUGCGUCCUGUCAUCACGCGCGCCAAUGAGUUGAAGGAGAAGCGGGAUGGAGGAGAGAUCUUCCGCAGCGUCAAAGCCGGCAUGAAGCGCGCCAAGACUGAGACGCAGUCUCCGGCUCCCGCCGCGAAGGAGCAACGCGGCCCUACGAAGGUCAAGAAGGAGAACCCGCAGAUGCCUAAAGGUAAGGGUAGGAAGACCCCUACGACUGCCGCUGAGUUCAGUAUCAGCACGGAGUUCGAGGACGCAGACGGCAACGUUCUUAAGGCGGAGGAGGCGGACGACGAUGACUACCUGGUCUGA